GGGAGAGAAGAGACGAGACGAGCAGAGAGGAGAGGAGAGCGGGAAGGCAAAGUCGAGUCGCAGGUUGUUGUUGGUGUUGUUGCACGAAGCAGAGAAUUGUUGCUCGUUGGGAGCUCGUGGCAGCUUCUUUUCGUUCGAUUAGGUCUUGGGGUGCAUGGAUUGAUCGUUCGCGCGCAUCGACCGAAAGACUGCAGAUUGGAGUCCCGCGUGGGGAUCCGCAAUGGCGCUCGCCUUUGAUGAGUAUGGUAGGCCGUUCAUCAUUAUACGAGAGCAGGAACAGAAGUCCAGAGUUCGCGGAUUAGAUGCGCAGAAGGCCAAUAUUCUGGCUGCCAAGUCUGUUGCCCGGAUCCUGCGCACUUCUCUCGGUCCGAAGGGCAUGGAUAAAAUGCUGCAGAGCUCCGAUGGUGAUGUGACGAUCACAAACGAUGGAGCAACUAUCCUUGAACAGAUGGAGGUUGAAAACCAGAUAGGAAAACUUAUGGUAGAGCUCUCUAGAAGUCAAGAUUACGAAAUUGGCGACGGAACAACAGGUGUAGUAGUUACAGCUGGAGCUCUCCUAGAGCAAGCAGAGGUUCUGCUUGAGCGGGGUAUUCAUCCUAUUCGUGUAGCUGAGGGUUAUGAAAUGGCAUCUAAGAUCGCCGUGGACACUCUUACUAAAAUUUCGACCAAGUUUGAGUAUGACAUCUUUAAUUUCGAACCCCUGGUUCAGACUUGUAUGACCACGCUCUCUUCCAAGAUAGUGGGAAGAUGCAAAAGAGACUUGGCAGAGAUUGCCGUGAAGGCUGUACUUGCCGUCGCUGAUUUGGAUAGAAGGGAUGUGAACCUUGACUUGAUCAAGGUGGAGGGUAAAGUGGGUGGACGUCUGGAGGACACAGAGCUGGUCUACGGUAUUGUAGUAGACAAGGACAUGAGCCAUCCUCAAAUGCCCAAGCACAUUGAGGAUGCAAAAAUUGCGAUUUUGACGUGUCCGUUUGAGCCCCCGAAGCCUAAGACUAAGCACAAAGUGGAUAUUGACUCAGUCGAGAAGUUUGAAGCUCUCAGGGAGCAGGAGAAGAAGUACUUUGACGAUAUGGUACAGCAGUGCAAGGAUGUCGGUGCUACUCUCGUAAUAUGCCAGUGGGGUUUUGAUGAUGAGGCCAAUCACUUGCUGAUGCACCGUGGUUUACCUGCCGUCCGAUGGGUUGGAGGAGUCGAACUCGAAUUGAUUGCUAUAGCUACAGGUGGGCGGAUUGUACCAAGAUUUCAGGAACUUACAGCUGACAAGCUUGGCAAGGCUGGGCUGGUGAGGGAAAAGUCCUUUGGAACAACCAAAGACCGUAUGCUCUACAUUGAGGAGUGCGCCAACUCGAAGGCUGUAACUAUUUUCAUCCGUGGAGGUAACAAGAUGAUGAUCGAGGAGACAAAGAGGAGUGUACAUGAUGCUUUGUGUGUUGCUCGAAAUUUGAUUCGUGACAACUCAAUUGUCUAUGGUGGUGGUUCCGCGGAAAUCGCCAUAUCUCUCGCGGUGGAAGCGGCUGCUGACAAGAUUCCAGGAGUAGAACAGUAUGCCAUGCGUGCUUUCGCUGACGCGCUGGACGCGGUUCCUAUGGCCCUGGCUGAGAACAGUGGACUACAACCUAUUGAUACUCUGACAGCCGUCAAGGCUCAACAAGUCAAGGAGAACAAUCCGUAUUUGGGAAUAGACUGCAACGAUGUGGGUACGAACGAUAUGCAGCAGCAAAACGUGUUCGAGACCUUGAUAGGCAAGAAGCAACAGAUUCAAUUGGCCACGCAGGUGGUUAAGAUGAUAUUAAAGAUAGACGAUGUCAUCACUCCUUCAGCCUUUUAGAUUUUGUAACAGAUUCUCCCAGUGUUCAUUACUCAAGUUUACAGAUACUCCGUGGAAAAGUCAAACCGUGCCCCGGCUGGGUUUUUUAUUCCUAGUUUCAACAGAGGCCACAUUUGAUCGACGCCUUGAGAGCUUUGACUUCCUGAUCUGAAGGGAAGAAAGCUGGUUAACUUAAGCGCACCAAGGAAUCGAUUUCUAACAAGUUUUGUAGAUUAUCAACGUUUCGUAUGAGGUGAGAGGGCUACUGCUAGUGUGGUUUACAGGAGGUUUGUCUUGACCUUCUAAUUAAUUGACAAUGUGGGAGAUCAAAAUCCACUGAUAUCAAUGAAGUUAGAGUCGGCCUAAUGUUCUACUGAGUAUCUACGGGCAUGUAUGAAAGAGCCAAGCUGAGUUGAUGGAGAUGUAACGUCGGUUGAGAAAUGUACUAAAUUUGUUUGG